UUAGAAUCCGCUCUGCACAGAAACGAAUUAAUGAAAGCGUCUGGAUCCACAGAUAAAAGAUACGUGCGCUUGCGUCAAUUAACGCGUGUGAGUCCACCAAUGAGAUACCGCCGUUAGGCGCCCUUUCGUCGUGCCCAAUGGAAACUGAUUGAUUUAGGCUACUCAGAGUGUCCAGAUUCGCAUCUCCAAUGUAAGCCGAGAGUGGUAAAUACUGAUGACGUGCAUGGAUGUCCAAUAGGUGUACGAAUAUCUCGCUCGAACUGCCCCGCGAACAACUGGAUUAAAUUCAAGAUCUUAUGCUGAUCGUGUUAACUUCAUAAGAGUGUAUAUUUGAUGUUGUUCUUACACAAAGGGAUCUAUUCUGUAAGAGAUGGCUAUUAAUACGGACGCCCCUCACGCGACAGAUGCCCUGCGCGAGAGAGCCGCGCUGCAGUCCACCGAUUUUGGAGAUACUCAGAAACUUCUUGACAUCUCAGACAAAGAGCUGAAAAGAGAAUUAAACCACUCGCCCUCUGAUACACACCUCGUGAAGUGUCUUGAAGCGGAACAGAAUGAACAGACUGUGGUUAACGUUGCCUCGGAGCCCCGCUCUCCGUCGCGGGUCAGCUUCAGCCGCGCGUCGUCGCCCACGCCCUCGGAACGCGAGCCCUGCAGCUUCAUGUGGGUGGCCGUGAUCUCCUGCUUCUGCCCCGCCGUUCCGAUAAACCUGUUUGCGCUUUAUUUCGCGCAUAUGUCUCGGUCCAUGAUACAAACAAAAGAUUAUGAUGGGGCCAGAAGACUUGGGCGUCUAGCUUUGUUGCUUAGUAUCGUUUCCAUUGUUGUGGGUCUGGCUAUUGUCCUUUAUCUGUUGUUGACAGGUAAAUUAUAUCUCUUUUUCU